CAGCCCUUGACAGAUGGUGUAAAAUGUAUCAGUAGAAGACUGUGAUGUUAUUUGUUUUCAAAAAGAGGAAUUAGUGAGAAUCUGAGUGAUGCAGCAGAGAUGAAACUUGAGGCAUGUCUAAUCCUAAUGCUGAACGCGAUGGCGUUGGGCAUGCGUCGCGGCCCGCAUCACCCUCACGGGCAGACCCCGGUUGACCACAAGCACCACCACUACAAGCCACGGGGCUCGGAGUCACUUACCGGAGACGUGCAGCUAUUGCAUGAUACCAAACACAUUGAAGAAGACGCACAGGUACUGACAGCGGAAGCGCUAUCGAAGAUGACGCCAGAAGAAUUAGAGUUCCAUUACUUCUCAGCUCACGAUUUCGAUAAAAAUUCCAUGUUGGAUGGAUUGGAACUGCUGAAGGCUGUAUAUCAUACUAUUGAGCAUGAAGCACCAGAUCCUGAUGCAGAUUCAUCCAUUGAACCAGAAGCCAAUGAUCUUGACGCUUAUAUUGCUCUAGUGGAUCGAACAUUAGAAUCAGACGAUAAAGAUGGAGAUGGUUAUGUGUCCUAUGCAGAAUACAGAGCAGCCAGAGCCAAUAACCCAUCAGAAAGAACUCCCCAUGUUCUUGCAGCGAAUGCUCCUUAAUUAAAUAAUCAGGAAUUGUGAUAUGCAGUAUAGAUGGACCUAAAUGAUUUUAAUUUUGUAAAGAAAGCAACGAAUGUAUUUAGGAACAUUUUAAUAAGAAUAAUAGAUCUAUUUGGAAAUGUAUGAUUGCAGACUGAUUUGGGCUAAUUUGUGGAUUUGCAAUGGGCUGUAGCUAAAGGAUUUCUAUGAAUAAAACAAUACGUCAGCUCUUUCUGUACAUAGUUUUAUUACUUAAAUAAACUUAGUUUCCUGUUUUUCUU